AUGCUAGACCGAUCUUUGCUGGACGACAACAGCCUGGAAAACGUGCCUGGGAUCCCCUCUGCGGCGGCACUGCUACAGUCGCUAUCCGAAGACGUGUCGGUCGACGACGACAUCGUCUUGGGUAACCCACCCGUUAACUUCACCUCCAAGAACAUAGAACAUCUAUCCGACCAACUGGAGGAGGCCAAGAACUUUCUCGACUCGGAUUCGGCGCUAGAUCUCAAAGAGCCGCAGAACUUAUUGAAGUCGACCAUGGGGCUGGACACCACAACCGAGGCGCUGGACUCGAUCGAGAAGCUAGACAUGCCCGAGACAAUAGACUCGAUGAAGGCAGAGUACAAGGGGCUGGAGCCAACUACUAACUUGACAGCGAGCAGCUUGCUAGACGCCCAAAGCACCCUUAAGGCUGAUGGAACAGCGGCUUUGACUAUUGCUGCGCCAACUGGCCGGCUGCACCAACCGGAACGGCUGCCACAGACGGAGACUACCGAGGACGAGCGGACAAGUCCACGGUCACGUCCUACUUCGGGGAGCAUGGGGUUUGAGAGGCCGGUCGUGCAGUACUCUGUUCCACCUCAAGGUUUGCAGUCGCUCAGUAGCGCGGAGAUGGGAGGUAUGGAGGGGCCGAAGAUUGCGUUGGGUGAAGCGAUGGGUGCGAGCCGGGUGAACAGUGUCACAGCAGGGGACAGCGUGAGGGGGGGUGACAGCGUUGUUGGGGGAGACAACGUUGUUGGGGUAGACAGCGUUGUUCCCCCGAAGGUGGUUCCGCUAUAUCCGACGAUCCACAUCACAAGGGAGGCCUACGAGCGGGACGACAUGGCGCGUUGCAUUUUACGGUUUAUGGACAACAGUGAUGUCGAAUACUAUUUGAACUUUAUACCGGCGGCAGCAGAGCACUACGCUCCGGAGGGAGCGUCGCCGUUCAUGACGUUAGCGACAUCGAGGUUCGACGGGGCGGGUGAGAUGUUGGAGUCGCCACGCGUUGCACGGGCGGCACCGUUGUCGGUUUAUUGCGAAGACGCCCUGUUGAUGGAGUGUGCUUCGCGCGCGCGUGUGCUACCGAGCGAUCCACAGGAAUUAUUGAUUGCGCAUGACACAUGGAAGCGUUGUUUCACGUUGUUGGACAAGGUGCGGGCUAAGCACGGCACAGAGGUGCAUCGUGACAAGAAUAAGGAAUUGCGUUUCUUCAUCUUAGACGUUCGAGAAUUGGAAGGCCAAUUGGCGCGUUUUGCUGAACCAGGUUCGGUCACACCCUCGGUUACUGGCAAAGGGGUUUCUUUCGCAGACUACGCCGUCAGCUACCUCUGGGAACAACUGCUAGAUGAUGGCUCCAAGUAUCGACUACCGUACACGCGGCAACUUAAAUAUCCACGACUCGCUGAAGUUCAUCGUUACGUUACCCAACGCCUUUCCACGCCCAAUGUUAAUGCCCGCUGCGUUUCUCUUCGUAAUCAAACACAAAACCUGGAGCCUUGGGAAAGUGUGCUGCAGCGAGCCGGUAUCGGAGCCUCCCCGCCCCAAGUCUCACCCGACUAUCUCCGAGCCGAACUGGAAGACCCAGAGGGAGAGACAGACGGCAAGGGCGCAUCAUACAAGGGCAUGUCCUAUAACGCUGGAUCCUAUAAGGAAAGCGAGGUCCUGCCACCCGUGUUGCAAAACAACCUUGCCGGACACGUACAAGUCUUGGUCGCGGAUGAUGUACAAGGUGCUGUAGCUGCCUUCUUCUUCAGGGAAUAUGCAUCCAACCAACAUGUGGAGCAUCUACAGGUGCCCCAGAGUCUGGUUGAGCAGGUGCUGCGGGUCAAUAAAUUACCUCUGGAACCCGUUUGCAAACUCGUCACCCGCACAGAUGAAAACAAAAUCAUCUGUGGCUUACAACCGCUCUUCGCACAUCUCACUCAAGACAAGGGACCCCUCACCGAUCUGCAACGCAAAUAUCUAACCGCCAUUGAAGCAGACAUGAACUCCCCAGCCGCACAAACCGCCAUCCAAGAUCUCGAACAAGAUCUCUCCCUUGACGACGCCCUACAACCUGACUCCAAAAAAUGCAUCCUACCCAGAGUACUCAAAAUUGUCAUGGACCACUCCAAUUAUUCCGGACCCACACCAAGUCUCUUACAGAUCUGCGCCCAAUCAAUCCCCGACUCCAGGGUUCAAUCUCUUCUUAACCAACUCCCAGCGAACAACAGACUAACGCCAUCUUACUAA